UCGGGGCUGAGAGGAGGAUCCGGGGCGCUGAGGGGGCGCCUGGGCCGCCCCUGGCGCGCCCCCCUCCUCCCCGCCGACACCCCGCUCCGCUCCGCGGCGAAUGGCUUUCAUGAUGAUGAAGAAGAAGAAGUUCAAGUUUAAGGUGGACUUCGAGCUGGAGGAGCUCUCCUCCGUGCCCUUCGUCAACGGGAUCCUCUUCUGCAAGAUGCGGCUGCUGGACGGGGGCAGCUUCAGCGCCGAGUCUUCCAGGGAGGUGGUCCAAGCAAACUGUGUUCACUGGAGAAAGAAGUUCUCAUUUAUGUGCAAAAUGAGCGCAAGUGCUACUACGGGUGUUCUGGAUCCUUGCAUCUACAGGGUCUCUGUGAGGAAGGAAUUAAAAGGCGGAAAGGCUUAUGCAAAGUUGGGCUUUGCAGAUCUAAACCUAGCAGAGUUUGCUGGAUCAGGAAAUACCACUCGUCGCUGUUUACUAGAAGGUUAUGAUACCAAAAAUACAAGACAGGAUAAUUCUAUUCUUAAAGUCUUGAUCAGCAUGCAGCUCAUGUCUGGUGAUCCGUGUUUUAAAACGCCUCCCUCCACAUCAAUGUAUAUACCAAUUGCCGGUGAAUCUGAAUCACUACAUGAGGAUCGAAAGGGUGGAGAGACUCUCAAAAUCCACCUUGGGUUGUCAGAUCUGUCAGCAAAGAGUGCCUCGGUUCCAGAUGAACUUGGUGCCUGUGGACAUUCCAGAACAUCAAGCUAUGCAAGCCAGCAAUCAAAAGUGUCAGGUAGUUAUAGUACAUGUCACUCCAGGUCAUCCAGUUUCUCUGACCUCUGCCACAAGAGAAACGCUUCAGUGGGAAGUACAUCAACAGGUAUUGAGAGUAUCCUAGAGCCGUGUGAUGACGCUGAACAGAAAGCAGUUGAUCUUAAUCUUGAUACAGCCAUUAAACAAGAUGGUGACGAAUCAUCAGAAAAACUAAAUAGGCACCCUGUGAAACAAGAUUCUGUGGAAUCUCAAUUAAAACGCGUUGAUGCUACCAGAGUGGAUGCAGAUGAUAUUGUUGAAAAGAUACUGCAAAGUCAAGACUUCAGCCUAGACUCCAGUGCAGAAGAAGAAGGACUGAGGCUAUUUGUGGGUCCUGGGGGGAGUACAUCUUUUGGCAGUCAUCACCUUCCAAAUAGAGUGGGAUCUGGCGCGUAUGAACAAGUCGUUAUAAAACGCUAACGCAGCAUUUUCCUGUGGAUCUCAGAUGCUGAUAAGGUCCCUUUUCUCAAACUCUUGUGAGAAAGUGCACAGGAGAAGAUCAAAUGGUUUCUUCUGUGAAAAAAGAAAAUGAACAUUGGUUUGUCUUGUUCAUCUCAAAGUGCCUCUUGUUCCAUGACAGGACACUUCAGCAUGGUAGUACAAGUCAUCAUUACACAGUGAGGGCCAUAUGUGGGCAUAAGUUGCAAAUGUACGUAUUAGUGAAAUAUUUGCUUUCUACUUAGAAAAGUUUUAUCCUGUCUUGGAAAGGAAAAGAGAUGCUAUUAAUAUAUAUAUUAAAAUAUAAGUGUCAUUUCUGUAUUCACAAUCAGUGAUAAUUAAUAUGUUUGGAAUUUGGCUUUAAGGAGAAAGUCCUUUUUUUUAACUGUUGGAAUCCAAAUUUAUAAAUUCUUCUUAUAUUAAUAGUUUUUUUCAAGGAGUUCUUCCUAUAUACUACCUAAAAUAUCGCUACCAAAUUGACAUCCCUUUUCCAGGCAUUACUUAAUUUAAAAUAUGGAUUUAUGCUCUUAGGGAAAAUGCUUCUCUCUGAUCUAAAUAUACAAAGCAUUUAUUGGUUCUAAAUUUGUCAAACAUGAAUUCACCUGCAGUGCCCAAAAACAGGUACAUAAAAGUUAAGAUUGAGUGAGUGGGAUUAGCCUCAUCAAAGAGAAUUCUCAUACACAGUAUUGCUCCUAUUUGCUAAUAGAUAUGGAAAAACUAUGGGCACUGUCACUCUGGAAAUGUUUCCAAGUAAGCUUUUAAGUUUAACGUCCAAUAUAUUAGGUCACCAGAAGUCACCUUGUCCCAGCUAGGAGUUCAUUUAACUCACAGAAUGAUGGAAUGUAUUGUUUUUAGGUGCAAAAUCUCAGAGGACUAAAAGUAAAAUUGUCAUCUCAGUGGAACCAGGGUGGCCUUUGGCACAAAAGCUCAAAUCUGUGUGAGCCUGGAGAAUGAAUCCAAUACGACAUGGGAUAGAGCAGAGCAGACAAAUUGCUGCUUGGCAUUGAUGAUGUGGAUUUGUUUCUUCUGUCUGCCCUCUGUGGUCAGGUACUAAGUUUUUCCCUUAACCAUGCCCAAAGGUGCCUUGAGAAAAGGAGGAUAAGCAAAAACAACAUCAGAAAAUACAGAGCCUGGGUAGCCUACUUCCACUUAUCUAUGGAAUGAGUCAUUUCUAAUUGGCAGGGGGCGGGGAAGGGGGGAACCGUCGACACUGCAGUAUACCUGUGAAAGAACUUCACCUUUUCCAUUCUGGAUCAUUUAAUCACUGUAACAAAAUAUUAAUUCCUGAUGAAUAAUUCCUAGCCCCUUAACUCUCAGACCUGACACGCUGUGUCCAAGUAAGGCAUUGAAUCAAAAUGUCUGCAAAUAGAAUUUUUUGGCAAAAAUAUUUUCAUUUAGACUAAAUUAAGGAACAAUUAUAGAAUUUAUUUAAAUGAGAACUAUUUUUAAUAUUCAAGUUUUAUUUUUAACCUAGUAUUUAGAGGUUUGAAGCAGUUAUCACAGCAAAUGUUGGGCUUAACUGUUUUUUUUUUCUGGUAUUCCAUUGUUCAUACGUGCAUUCGACAGUUGCUUCAUGAUACUUUGGCCCAAUGCUAUUUUUAAGUAUAGGGCCUGGGCUGCGUUUUGUAGGUUUUUUUGUUUUGUUUUGGAAGGGGGGCAGGUGGAACUAGGUUUGUAAUUUCAUUAGUUUAGGAAACUCUUGGAAUAAAUAUUCUCCCUACCAAUGUAGAUUAAAAAUAAAGAGAAAGUAAUAUUUGUUGAAGAAUACUUAGAAUGACUAGGGUUUGAGUUUCCUGAAACAUUAUUUAGAAAUUCUUUUGGAGAAGCAAUCAUUGAGAAUUAAUGAGAAAAACUUAUUUUAAAAAGUUAUUUGCAAACACAGAAUAUAGACUAUCCCGUAUAUUAUAGAAAUCAUUGUAAAAAAGAAAAUAAAAGAUAAUUUUAAUAGAGAACCAAAAGUAUCAUUUAAAAAGAGCAAUUUCUUAAUGGCAUAACAUUGAAAAACAUAUUUUUCUAUUGCCCAAAUACUGUUUCUAGGUUAUAUUUUUAUUGGAGUUAUAUCCGUUGGCUUGGUUGUAUGAAGAUGAGAGCCAGAAUGUAUUUCCAGAGUGCAAUACUAGUUUAAAAUAAUAAUAAAGUGUGGAAAGAAAUGGGAAAACUAAAAAUCGUAUCUUUAUUUUUAAAAUCCAACAGCUAGCAGUAAAUCUUGAUCUUGGAAUUGUCCAAUAUAAAGUUGGAAAAUGUUUUAAUGAAAAUAGACGUUAAUUUGGAGAGGAAAAAAGCACUUGUAAGUAAGUGCCUUUAGGAUCUGAAUUCAAUGAGAGCCUGUAACAUCAUUUUAUUUCUCUUUCAUGUUCCAUUAGUAUUGCAUUCAUGGAAAAAAAAAUUUUCUAGUCUUGCUGCAAGUUUUGUAUUAUUUAAUGUCUGAUUAAACAUCUGCAUUCCUUU